AUGAGUGAUGUUGUUAAUGCUACUACAGAAGAAAGUGCUCCAGAAGGCUUACCAGAUCCUAUAGUUACCUCCCCUUCCUGGGCUGAGUUAGAAGUUACGUGGGGUGAGCCUGAACUACCAAAUGGUGUAAUAGUACGAUAUGAACUAUACCAUAAUAGCAUCAUGGUUACCAGUGGCUUGACACGUGAAUAUCGUGUAGACAACCUUCAACCCUACAGUUUACACAUCAUACAAGUUAAAGCCUGUACUAGUAUAGGCUGUGGAUACAGUAAUGAAGUCAAGACUAGAACUCAAGAGGCGGCACCAGAAGGAAUUGUAACUUUAGAAGUUGUGGGUCUUGAUCCGAGAUCUGUAAACGCAACAUGGACCGCCCCAGAGAAACCGAACGGACAUCUGUAUUUUGAUGUUUAUUUUGACGGAAUAUUCUACAAGGAUGCUGCCAAUCGAGAUUAUCGAACCGAUGUACUGCGUAAGAGUUUAUUAAGAACUAAUGAUUCGUAUAAAUGGACCGUUAUAGAUAAUUUGAUACCCUAUACCAUCUAUAAAAUACAAGUUAACGCCUCCAAUACAAAGGGUUUUAUACUCAGCAACAUAGUAUCACGCAAUAUGCCAGCAGGAACACCAGAUGGAGUUAGCCCACCUUCUCUUGUCUCGGAAACACCCAAUUCUAUAAAAGCCCAAUGGCCGCCAGUUGGACGAGUAAACAGUAAUGAAGAGCCAUCAUAUAUAUUACAGUUCCGAGAAAAAAGAGCAAAUUCAAUUGUUCAGGAGUAA